UACCAGGAAACCUUAUAGCUUGCAAAAUCCAAGUAUAUACCGCUUUGUACUCCUCUCUCUCUCUCUCUCUCUCUCUCUCUCUCUCUCCACAAAAAAGGAGAAAAGAAUUAAUAGAUAUACACUGUGGUGUAUAUCCAUCCAUUAGCUAUUUCUCCACACUAAGAUGGUUAAGCAAAAGAUGGUUCUCAAGGUCUCAAUGGAGGAUCCCAAGAGACGCUCAAAAGCACUUCAAAUUGCUACUCGAUUUAUUGGUGUUAUAUCCGCAUCGUUGGAAGGCGAUCGAAUUGUGGUGGUCGGGGAGGGGGUCGAUUCGAUCGAACUAACGACCGCGCUGAGGAAGCGAAUGUCCUACGCAGAAUUGAUCAGCGUCGCGCCAGUGGAAGCUAAGAAAGAAGAGAGUAAACAACCCGAGGCGAAGAUCGUUCAAUCUGCAGUACCCCUGCCAUAUCAUAACUUUACAGUUCUGCCACCGUACCCAUAUUUUACUCAAGAUUACACGUAUGAUCCUUACAGAAUCUUUUAUUAGAAGAUUAUGAGUUGUGGGAACUAAACCAAAAAUAUGUUCUAUAGGGUUUUUAUUAAGGUACUUUCUAUAGGGUUUUUUUUUUUUUUUUUCCUUUUUUGGGGAUAAUUAUGAAGUAGGGGUGGUGUGGGGGGCGCUAGGGAGCAUUAAUAUAUUUUUUAAGAUUUCAAUCAUAUUUCAUCCACUGUAAUAAUAUGUUUUUAUUUUUGAAAUCUCUAAAAAUGUGAGUUUGCGAUUAUUGUUGGCUUAAAGAGGCCAACAUUUUGUCUCGGGCUGAAUUUCAGAUUGGUAUGAUUGAAGUCCGCUGGCGCUAUGUGUUUUCUCACUUGAACUCGAUUGGAUGUAUCCGUCCUAAUAACUUAAUAUUUUGGACUCAAUUAUAACUUCCAUUUGUA